AUGUCAACGGCUGCUGUUGCAACGCCGCAUGAUCAUUUUGAGAAAGACUCAGCGUUUGAGCAGCUCUUGAAGCCAGUUUACAAGGGCAAGAAGCUGACUGAUGAGAUCAACACGGCGGAGGAUAAAUGGAACCUUUUGCCGGCAUUUCUGAAAGUAAAGGGACUGGUAAAGCAACAUUUGGACUCUUUCAAUUACUUUGUUGAUGUGGACCUUAAAAAGAUCAUCAAAGCUAAUCAGUUGAUACUUAGUGACGUUGACCCAGAGUUCUAUUUGAAGUAUGUGGACAUCAGAGUUGGCCACAGAUCGACUUCUUCAUCCAAAGACUACAUUGUUCCCCCACACGAGUGUAGAUUGAGAGAUAUGACGUACUCCGCUCCAGUGUAUGUUGACAUUGAAUACACCAGAGGGAGAAAUAUCAUCAUGCAUAGAGAUGUGGAAAUCGGAAGAAUGCCAAUUAUGCUUAGAUCAAACAAAUGUAUUCUAAAUGGUGCUUCUGAAAAGGACAUGGCAAAAAUUAAUGAGUGCCCUCUUGAUCCAGGUGGUUACUUUAUCGUCAACGGAACUGAGAAAGUCAUUCUGGUGCAAGAACAAUUGUCUAAAAAUCGUAUCAUUGUCGAGGCAGAUGAAAAAAAGGCCAUUGUUCAAGCCUCGGUCACAUCUUCCACACAUGAAAGAAAAUCUAAAACUUAUGUCAUUACUAAAAAUGAUAAAAUAUACCUUAAGCAUAACUCCAUUGCUGAAGAAGUUCCCAUUGUCCUUGUACUCAAAGCAUGCGGCAUUGUGUCUGACCUUGAAAUAAUGCAGUUGGUAUGUGGUAACGAUAGCAGUUAUCAGGACAUUUUUGCAGUUAACUUCGAAGAGGUCGCAAAGAUGAAAAUAUACACACAACAGCAGGCGUUAGAGUACAUUGGUUCUAAGGUAAAAACUGUUCGGCGUCAAAAACUCUCAACUUUGCAAGAGGGUAUCGAAGCCAUAGCCACGACUGUUAUUGCACACCUGACGGUCGAAGCACUUGACUUCAGGGAAAAGGCGCUAUACAUAGCCGUAAUGACAAGAAGGGUUGUCAUGGCGAUGCACAACCCUAAGAUGGUCGAUGACAGAGAUUAUGUUGGUAAUAAAAGACUAGAACUGGCAGGUCAGUUGAUGUCUCUGCUUUUCGAAGACUUGUUCAAGAAAUUUAACAAUGACUUUAAAGCCAACAUCGACAAAGUUCUAAAAAAGCCAAACAGAGCCAUGGAGUAUGACGCUUUGCUUUCAAUCAAUGUGCACUCCAAUAAUAUUUCAAGUGGUUUGAAUAGAGCAAUUUCAACAGGAAACUGGUCUUUGAAGAGAUUUAAGAUGGAAAGGGCAGGUGUAACACAUGUAUUGAGUAGACUCUCAUACAUCUCAGCAUUAGGUAUGAUGACAAGAAUAUCAUCUCAGUUCGAGAAAUCCAGAAAGGUUUCAGGCCCAAGAGCUUUACAACCCUCCCAAUUUGGCAUGCUGUGUACUUCUGAUACUCCAGAAGGUGAAGCCUGCGGUUUAGUGAAAAACUUGGCACUUAUGACACAUAUCACAACUGAUGACGAAGAAGAGCCCAUAAAAAAGCUUUGCUUUUUGCUAGGUGUCGAGUGUAUCAAUGUUGUUGAUAGCGACUCUCUUCACCUCAACUACUGUGUUUACCUAAAUGGUACCAUUGUAGGCGUUAUUAGGUUUCCCACAAAAUUCGUCUCUCAUUUUAGAAAUCUAAGAAGGUCAGGCAAAGUUUCCGAGUUUAUUUCCAUCUACACCAACUCUCAUCAGAAAGCAGUUCACAUAGCGACAGAUGGUGGUAGAAUCUGCCGACCUCUGAUUAUCGUCAACGAAGGCAAAUCUCUCGUCACUGCCCAACACUUGAGACAGCUGCUCGAUGGUCACUUGCAGUUUGACGACUUCUUAAAACUAGGUUUGGUUGAGUACCUGGAUGUCAAUGAAGAAAAUGAUUCUUUCAUUGCGUUGUACGAAAGAGACCUCGAACCAAGAAUUACUCAUCUCGAAAUCGAACCAUUCACUGUGCUUGGUGCAGUGGCAGGUUUGAUUCCCUACCCUCACCACAAUCAAUCUCCUCGUAACACUUAUCAAUGUGCAAUGGGUAAACAAGCAAUUGGUGCAAUUGCAUACAACCAAUUCAAGAGAAUCGACACUUUGCUGUACCUCAUGAUUUAUCCCCAGCAACCCAUGGUGAAAACGAAAACAAUCGAGCUGAUUGAUUAUGACAAACUUCCCGCUGGACAAAAUGCCACUGUUGCAGUCAUGUCGUAUUCGGGUUAUGAUAUCGAGGAUGCUCUGGUUCUAAACAAAUCUUCAAUUGACAGAGGGUUUGGUCGUUGUGAAACGAGGCGUAAGCUGACGACCGUUCUCAAAAGAUAUCCUAAUCAUACGCAAGACAUGGUUGGUGGUAUGAGAGUCGACGAAAGCGGCGAACCCAUAUGGCAACACAAGCCAUUGGGCCCAGACGGCUUGGGAGAAGUCGGCAUGAAAGUUGAAAGUGGCCAAAUUUACGUCAACAAGUCGGUUCCCACGAACGCUUCGGACAGCGUCCUAACUCAAUCACAAGCUCAGUACAGAGAAACCCCAGUUGUUUAUAGGGCUCCAGAGCCUUCUCACAUCGACCAGGUGAUGAUGUCAGUUUCUGAAAAUGACCAGGCUCUCAUCAAAGUGCUUUUGAGGCAAAAUAGAAGACCAGAACUUGGAGAUAAAUUUUCGUCGAGGCACGGACAGAAAGGUGUGUGCGGUAUCAUUGUUAACCACGAAGACUUGCCCUUCAACGAUCAAGGUGUUGUGCCAGACAUCAUCAUGAAUCCUCAUGGUUUCCCAUCUCGUAUGACUGUGGGAAAAAUGAUAGAACUUAUUUCCGGAAAAGCAGGUGUCUUGAAUGGAUCAUUAGAAUAUGGUACUUGCUUCGGAGGCUCCAAAUUGGAGAACAUGUCGCAAAUAUUAGUCAACCAUGGUUUUAACUAUUCGGGUAAGGAUAUGCUGUAUUCUGGUAUCACGGGCGAAUGCUUGCAAGCGUACAUCUUUUUCGGGCCUAUUUACUAUCAAAAACUUAAGCACAUGGUCCUCGACAAAAUGCAUGCUAGAGCUAGAGGGCCCAGAGCUGUCCUCACCCGUCAGCCCACUGAAGGUAGAUCUCGUGACGGUGGUUUGAGAUUGGGAGAAAUGGAAAGAGAUUGCGUUAUUGCAUAUGGUGCAUCUCAACUACUUUUGGAAAGAUUGAUGAUUAGUUCUGAUGCCUUCGAAGUUGACGUAUGUAACAAGUGCGGUCUGAUGGGCUACAGUGGUUGGUGCACAUCGUGUAAGGGCGCCGAAAACGUCAUAAAGAUGACAAUCCCCUAUGCUGCUAAGUUGCUGUUCCAGGAACUUCUAUCCAUGAACAUUGCUCCCCGGUUAAAGUUGGAGGAUGUUUUCGAGCAAUAG